AUGACAAUGUUCUUGGCCAUACUUCAUGGCUUGAUGAUGUCACCUAUUGACAUACUCAAACAGCGACAUCCUUCAAAUGAUCCCUAUAAAGUCUUCGACUACAUUUGGUCAUUUUAUUCGACUGUAUUUGUAUUUUCUACAAUCUAUUUUGUACUGUACUGCAUUGUUCGACGUGAAAAAGCGUAUGUUGACCGGGAGUUGGUGUUACCUUCGGUUGGAUAUGGUAUACUUUGGACAUCCGGAAUGACGUUUUGGUUCCUGUCCAGUGAUAGAUUGUCACAAGUGGUCGCAUAUCCGAUCACAACUCGGGUUAGUAACCUUGAAUCUUGUCCGUUCCUGGUAGUACAAAAGGAAUAA